AUGUCUGUCUUCCGUAGCAAUUUGCUUCCGCUGCUACGAAGAGCCCGAGUUGGCCAAUUUAACCGUUCUGGAGUAGCCGCGAGGCGGUGCAAGUCUUGGAAAGUCAUCAUCGAGGAACCUAAAAAAUACAAAAACCCCACAUUGCAAAAGUACCAUGAGGAGUUCAUGGAGUACUUGGGGGACAAGCGAAUGCCUGUGAAACUCCGAGCUCAACUAAUACUGUCCAAGCUUCGAGAGUUACUACUACUAGCCCUGCCGUCGGACCCCGAGCAAAUUGAUGUCAUAGAGCAAGUCCUAGGGAAUUGGCAAAUACUAAACAAGAACGGAGAGCAAUUCCCGUUGGAGCUAUUAGCGGAAAUCUUUGAAACCCAUUACGAUCGGUUUUUGAGCAGUACUUCUAAAAAUUUGGACGACUUGGUGUCGCAUCUUGCGCGGAAUUUCAAUCGGCUACCGAAUCGGACCUUAAUUCUCUUGAUCGACUUGAUGUCGCAUAGACAUGUCAACAUGAAUGAUAUCUUUGCGAGUUUGACGCACAGGAUAGAUGAAAGUUUUUUUGAGGAGUACUUUGCAACGUUAAAAAGCAAAGGGAAAUUGAACUUAGGUGUGUUUGAGACUUUGAAAAAUCACCGGAUCGGAGAUGCCUUUGUCGUGAAUAUGAAUCGGUAUAUCGAGUCUACAUUUGCAGAGGAGAUGCCCGAUGUCCACUGUUUUGAAAACUUGGAGAAACACUUGGACCGAAUACAGCUCUUGGUGGCGGACGUCAUCAAAGCUGCCGAUUUGAGCCAGCUCCGGCUCGAGUCCAUCUUGACCUUGCUAAAGCUUGAGGAUGAGCUCGCGCAAGUAAAUUACUAUAGCGGAACGCAGCAUAGCAGCGAAACUUUGAUGAGCCAUUUGGCAGCGAGGGACAAAGAGAUCAUGGAAAAGAUGGAGAAAAAUUCCAUUUUGAAAGAUGAACCGAAGUUGGCACUCGUUCUAACCAAGUCAUUCGAGUUGAACAGGCCCCUUUUCGACAAACUCGCAGAUGCAAUUGAAAAGUCUGAGCUGGAUUUUUCAUCCGAUAUACUAUUACAAACAAGACUUUUGAGAAUGGGAAGUGGAGAAAAUGGGUCUGGGUCCUUGCUAUCUGUGGGAGCUGUUGAGGAGUUUUUAGGACCACAUGAUGUGACUGAGGAUACAUUUGAAAAAUUGCUUUCCAUAUCUGCGAAAUAUCUUCCCGACGACUAUUCUCACCUGUUGAUUGAAUAUUCCAAACAGCAAGGUCUCCAUUUGACCAGCAGUGUUUACAAACACCUCAUAGAUGCCGCUAUUGAUAGACGAGAUCACAAGGAUGCACUCCAGAUUAUAGAGCGAUCCAAGAUUGAAAUCAACUGGACAGAAGCAGCGUGUGGAGAUCCCGCAGUUGCGAAAACGUUCAACGACGUGAUUCAAUGCAUCAUGUCAGCAUCGCCACUUCGCGAAGCGUUCCCCACAUUCAGACAACUCAAGGCACUCAUGAGCACUCAAGUUAACAUCGACACCAUCAACCUUUUGGUUACGAAAAUGCUAGAAGAGGACUUGAUCGGCGAUGUGCUUGAAACAUUGAAGCGCGAGCUUCCAACGUUUAAAGACGAGAAAGUGCGGUUAGUGAUUGACCAGCCAUUUGGUUACAAGUACCUCGAACUAUUCAACAUCAUGCACAACUACGUAAUCUCCAACACCUCGGACCCCUCAGUCAACAGAAACUGGCACUUGUUCGUUGCCAUGUACAAGUACUUCCAUAUCCCGAGCGACAAGAUCCUACCUGCUUUAAAGUUUUUUUGCGACAACAAGAGAUGGCACGGGGCGUUGCUCAUUUUCAAGAAAAUGGUUGAUCUAUAUCAACUACACGGAAAACACUCUUUUCAACCACCAUCAAAGGAGAUUUACACCUAUCUUUUGACUGAGUUUGGAGACAAGCUUUAUGAAGAAGGCGUGAUUGAGAUCCACGACUGGUUGAAGAUGGACAUGAACAUUCCUCAACAGGGGCGUGAGUUGAACAACGUCAUCAUGAAUGCAUACUGCAACUUGCAAGACGUGGGCAAAGUGCGCGACUUGUUCUUGUCCGCCAGUGUAAAUGGCGGCGUCGACGAGACCAGUGCCGUGACCAUGCUCAAGGCAUAUACGUAUAACGACUUGCACUAUGUCGAAAAAUUCUGGAAUAACUUGUCUACGUUUGGAUUGAUGCCUGACUAUAGCUUGUAUCGACAGUAUUUGAUAGCUUAUGCGUACCACGGCAAAACUGAAAAGGCAUUUGACUUGUUGGAGGAGAUCGGCGAUUACGAUUUGGCCGUGAAUGAGGACCUCUUGAUUUCCAUGCACAAUUUCUGCUAUAUUCAUGACAAGCAAGCGGAGAUUAGAAAAUGGGCAAAGAGGAGGUACCCUGAGUUGUGGAGCAAGGUUGAAACUUCGGGAAUGUUGCUAGCUACUGAUGGAUACAAACCACACGAAAGUUUCCUUGUGGAUGGCUCCACGGAAGAAAAGAUGAAGUUGAAGGGCAAGAGCCAAAGAGAUGAAAUAGAGGUAUAG